CAUAUAACAAAAUAAAUCCAAAAACAUUCCCACAUCACCAUUUUAGCAGAAAAAAAUAACAAAGUAGGUUUCAAGCCCAAAGAAGAAAAAGAAAAAGGGCAAUAGCAGCUUUGAGAGAGAUCAAUGGCUUCCACACAAUGCUUCUUGCACCAUCAUGCAUUGUCAACUCCAGCUAGAACUCCCUUAGUAAGGAGUAUUGUUCCAUCACUCAAGCCUAACCAAUUAUUGGUGUGCCGUGCCCAAAAACAGUCUGCUCCCCAAGAAGAUAAUGUCAACAGCGUCUCUGUCUCUCGUAGAUUGGCUCUCACAGUCCUCAUUGGUGCUGCUGCCGUUGGUUCCAAGGUUUCCCCUGCUGAUGCUGCUUAUGGAGAAGCUGCAAAUGUUUUUGGGAAGCCAAAGACAGACACGGAUUUCCAGACAUACAACGGAGAUGGAUUCAAGCUGCAAAUUCCAUCAAAAUGGAACCCAAACAAGGAAGUAGAGUACCCUGGUCAGGUUCUUAGAUUUGAAGACAACUUUGAUGCCACCAGCAAUGUCAUUGUCGCUAUCACCCCUACUGACAAGAAGUCUAUCACUGACUUUGGUUCCCCUGAACAGUUCCUCUCUCAAGUGGACUAUCUGCUAGGAAGACAAGCUUACUCUGGCAAAACUGAUUCAGAGGGUGGAUUUGAAUCAGAUGCAGUGGCAAUUGCAAACGUAUUGGAGACAUCUAGUGCAGAAGUGGGAGGGAAACCGUAUUACUACUUGUCUGUAUUGACAAGAACUGCUGAUGGAAAUGAAGGUGGGAAGCACCAGUUGAUCACAGCCACAGUAAAUGAUGGCAAACUUUAUAUUUGCAAAGCACAAGCUGGUGACAAGAGAUGGUUCAAGGGAGCUAAAAAGUUUGUGGAGAAUACUGCCACUUCUUUCAGUCUUGCUUAAGAAUAUAUUUACUAAUGUAAAUUUGCUACCAAGUCAAGGUCUUGAUAACACUAAAUGAAAAUUUUAGGUACAUGAGUUCCUGCUAGGAUUUUAGAGUAAGCACGUGGAGUCGGAGCAUGAGAUUUUCAAUUAAGCUUUUACAUAAGGUGACUGGGCAUAUUCUAAGGUCUGUUUCCUUUUGUUGCUUAGCUUUAUCAGAUAAACUUUGUUGUUGUUAUCAAAUAUAAUUUGCUGCUAGGAUAAGAUGUCAAGGUUUUUUCAUAUACUGGUAUAUAUAAAAGAGAGAAUGAAAAAGCUGAGGUGGCACAGUUCAUAUGAGCAUUGCCAUUUA